AACAGUUAUUUCGACUGUAUUUGUUAUCUACAUUUUACAACAAUUUAUAGUAUAACUGUCUGUCUAACAUAAGUGUUGCAUUUACACUUUGAAGACUUUCGUAAGAAAUUCCGUCGAUCUUUUAAAUUGAAGUUGGUUGAACAGAUUUUGAAGUAAAACUGAACAUUUUGCUUUCAUGAAUAGAAAAGCAUGUUUUAAUUUGACGUCAAAUUAGUUCAUACAUAUUCUAGAAGUGAUCAAAAUUUGCUCCAUGCUUUAUUUGAAUGCAAGAAAGAAAUUGAGUUGAUCAAGACUUUGAUGACUUUCUUUCCACGUUGAGUCAAAUCAACUUUUCAUUUACGAUUUCUGCCGAAUAUUCAAUGCAAACUUGCUCCAAUUGAUUGACUGAUUAUGAAGAAAGACAUUUACAAGAAAUGCUGUCUCUGCCCUUACAGAGAGGGAGCUCUGAAACCAACAGACACAGGAGGUUGGGCCCACGUAGUCUGUGCCCUGUACAUCCAAGAAGUCAGUUUUGGAGAUAUGGCUGCUUUGGAGCCAAUCAUAGUAACAAAUGUCCCAAAAGAAAGAUUCAAACAGACGUGUUCGAUAUGCACAGAGAGACAACAGAAUCAUUUAGCAGGCCAAGGUGCGUGUAUGUCAUGUGCCAAAGUGGGAUGUAAAUCUGCAUUUCACGUGACCUGUGCCCAGGAAAAAGGCUUCCUAUUCGAGGAGUUUGUAAACAACAACAACAACAGUCUGACUCCAGGAAAUGCGAACGGAGAAAAUAAUGAGAGUAACAGUAGCUCUAAUGUCGCGUACAGAGGAUAUUGCGCUGUUCAUAUUACGAAGCUGAGAAACAGUGGGAGGAUAAAACGUUCAAGUCUAGCCUCAGCAGCCCAUAAAACCCUAAACGUAGUGGGCACGGAAGUUCAUCGCCCAAUAUCAUCAACAACCACCACCGCAAUUUCAUCCCCAGUUACCCUUCAUUCAAAAAACAACCUCUCUUAUUCAACUGCAACUUCAGGAAUAACCCAAAAUUUUGAUAGUCUUGAAAGCCAUUUGAGUAAUGCAAAUCGUAAUAACAGAAUCACACAUCCAAACCCGCUUUUAAGCGGCCACGAUUUGAACCCAAAUUUAUCUGGAAUAUUUUCUUCAAGUCGCAAAUUGCAAGCCCAAAAUAACUCACCAACUUCGCCGAUUUCCUUUGUAGACCGAAGUCAAGUUGUAAGUUACGCGCAACGAAGCCCACCCGUUUCGAGCUCACAUAGCACGUUUUUCCCGCGGUCGGCGAAAUUAAGUCUCUCCGAUUCGUUUUCAAGUAACUGCAAUUCUAUGGCAGCAGCAUCAACUUCUGUUUUGACAAACGGCGGCGAUUUCAAAUCUGCGAAUGUUUCGAAGUCGACCGAAAAACAGCAGCAGAACAAUUUGAAUUCGCAUUUGAACAACCAUAUCCUAUCAAUGAGCGCAACAACUCAAGCAAUCGGUUCGACAAACAUCACCUCACAUCAUAAUGCAACGUCGGCUCGAUGCGGAAGCGCAUCUUCAACAUCGCUAGUACCUCCAAACGGGUUCCUGAAAUCGUCAGGAACUGCAACGUCGAACAUCGGAAUCUCAAACGGAGAUGCAAAUCUACUUUUGAAUGUAUCAACUCCUGGACAUAGCCCUAGGGUUCCGAAAAAUGGAGUUUCGUAUGUUCCGACAUCGAAUAACAAUUCUUUCCAAUAUCACAAUGCGAAUUUAACUCAACAGCAACAAGCCAAUUACAACAGUAGCGGUAUCGCAAAUGAUUCCGGACGGUUGAAGGCUUCGAGUACAAGUUCAAAGUCGGGAGCGCCGACAGCGGCGAGUUUAAAAAGAGCUGAAAAGAUGGCGGCUGGUCGGAAAAACAGCAGCAAUGCCCAGCAAAACGGGCCAGAAAUUUCGAGUCCUGGAGGUGCCGGAAAUAUCCCGCCGCCGUUAAAGAAACAGCGCAUGAAAACAACUGCUCGACGGAGCACUGGAUCAAGCACCGGAUCGUCCGCAACACCGGAUUUUGUCGGCGCGACACCAGAAACAAGUUUGCCGGGAGUUCCUGGAAAACGAGUGAAGUCAAGUAAUUCAGUUUCUGGAGGAAGUCCACAUCUGUCGGGAUUGAACCAGUCGCAAAAUUUACCCAGUCCGAGGUUGAUGGGUUUGUCGACUUCUGCCUUGUCCUCGCCGGGAAUCAACCCGACUGUAUCUUUCGGCUCCGAGAACAAUUUGGGCGCGCAUAUGUCACCACUGCUUACGGAGAAUUUUGUCGAUGGACGGAAACUUAAAGGAAUUUCUGGAGGGCCGAACUAUGGCCCUAUGUCUUCCGACAGUGACCAAUUCCGAAAACAACAACAACAACAUCUAGCCGCCGCCGAACACCAUCCAAACUACACAAACAGCAACAACAACCCAAAUUCCGCACUUGCAAUCAACCCUCAAUUAACACACCCCCACUCACACCCAACCGCUGCAGUCGGGAAUCGCAAUGCCCCCACCCAAUCUCUCUCAUCUCAACACAACUCCCCCUUCAUUCCUAACUCUGCCCCCACCACGGGUUCAGAACAUAAGUCGGGGUUACCCAACCCCCAAGUUGCGAACCAAGGAGGGGGACAUUCGCUGAACUCCAUGGUGAGCCUUCUUGAAGAACAGUGGAACCAGGGAUCCCAGUUUCUGAUGCUCCAAGGAAAGAAGUAUAACAUUCCCUCUCUACUUUCCAGCCUGUAUGAUUUGCAAACUGAAAACAGACAGUUAGAAGGAGAAUUAACGGAUAUUACGUCAAAACGGAAGCAGCUUCAUUUGAUGAAUCAACAGUUAGCGGUACCGUUAUCAACAACAAGUAAUUCCAUUCACGCCGCGGCCACUGGUUCUCAAGGUGUGCUGGGGUCGACACUUCAAAUUGCGACAAACGGCACGGGAGCGUCGGGAUUGCACGCUGGUGCAACGGGCGGUUCAAAUGUGGAUGUAGUGAAUGUUGCGGCCUUGUCCUCAAAUGGAAAUGGUUCCCAUUCGUCAAUGAGAGUUCCUUCCAGGUCCAAAAGUGGAAUGCACCAUGAUUCGAAUAGUUUCUUUCCGGGAUCGAACCACGGACAGGAGCUAAAUUCUCAAAUUCCGAACGCAAACGUCAUGUACGAUCACAGUAGUUCCGGUAGACUCAACGGACCAUCGGGAGGCCCCGUCGCAUCCGGGCAUGGUCAUUCGGUCAACACAUACAACCGCCGCACUCCAACCACCACGCCUUUACAAUCUCCGAUAUCAGCAUCCAUCUCUGGACAAAACAACCCUGGAUCCUCGAUUUGCUCUGCCCAACCACCCCAAAAUAGUCAGCAAGUCCCGGUCAGCCCAUCUGCCGCCGACGGUCAACAACAGCAACAGUUACAGAACCAACAGAAUCUGAUCAUCUCGACGGCGAGUUCGGUCGCAAACCUAAAUGCGCUCGUAGCGUCCCGAAGCACGCCGAACAGCGCGGCAUCCGCGGUCACAGCUUCAAUUGUCCAACAGCAACAGCAGCAACAACAACAAAUAGCAGCGGCACAGCUCGCAGCGGCGGCCGCGCAGGUUUCGUAUCUGGACCCAUCGGCGACGUAUUCCUUGUUAGCCCAGCAGCAACUGGUGGCGUAUCAUAGGGCGCUGGGGAUCUCGCAGACAUCUCCCCAGCAAACUCAGAGCACGACUUCCCCAGUGGUUGAUCAGAUAGCUCAGAGCUAUAGACUGGCAGCAGCUGCAGCAGCUUCAGGACUGGAUGGUACGACCCAAGUGCUGCUUAAUCCAGCCAUGCUCAAUACUCUGUUCACACCUGGGCCUACAACUCCGCGAUAGAAUGGAUUUAGGUUUUACCUCAACCUCGAAGCCCAGAACCUAGUUAUUCAAACAAAUUCAGACCAAACCCGAAGAUUCCACCCAACCCAUCACUCAACCUCAGCCAAGUGCCGACUCUUAUCUGCCCUAUAGAUCAACCCCCCCCCCCCUUAUCUCCCGCAAACACCGUGUUCGCGAUUAAAUCUCCGUUUUUGCUUAUUCAGAUGGUGGUUCAAGUUACGGAGUUUAUGGAGUUUGUCCGAAUUAGUUUUGUCAGCCCUUCGUUUCAGUUAUAUUUAGUUAGUUUCGCUGCCAUUUGUUGUCCUAUUAUUACUUUUACUAUAGUGUUAUUCUAAUUACUACUACAACCUUUAUUUGUUUCUUAGUUGGCUUUACUUGUUCUUUUAUCUCAUUUUCUUCUCGGAAAUUCUAGAUAUUCUGCUCCCAAAAUUGGCUCUGAAAUGAUUAUCUUUUGUUGUUUUGUUAACCAAAUUUUAUUUUGUUUUUACCAUUUUUUCAGGUUUAUCCACUUUCUUCACCAAAACUAUGAUUCAAAAUUUGGAAUUGAUAAUCCUAAAAUGUGUUAUUUCUCAUUGACUUCAUUAACCAAUGUACAUUAGAAAUUAAAAACGGGAAUUAUUUGGAGGAGUUUUUGGCCAAGUUCGAUUCUGGCUAAACGGAAUUGGCUAAAAGUAUCCAACCAACCUACGAAGUUGAGGAAAGUAAUGGCUGCGAAAUUUCGACCCAAAGACAGAAAUUCGAAAAGUAAACGAAAGAAGGUCGAGAAAUUUUAAAUCGCUUCAGGAUGAUAACUAAAAUUAAGACGAAAAUCUUUCGUUGGUCUUCAAAUGAAAACUGAAAUGAUAUUCGAUGUACAGAGCUUUGAAUGGUAUAACUCUGCGUGUAUAUUAAACAUUGCUUGGUAUAUUGUGAGUUUGAUUUGAACAUACAAUUGGUAUAAUGAUGAAAAAGAGAAACAAGGAAGAAAAACUGCGCGGCAUAUUGCAUUGGCGAAGUGUGUGUGAUACGUGGUCCGUUGGUUAGAUAAAAACAAACUUAAUGUUAUAAUAACAUAACGAUAGCUGAUACUACUAGUGAUAUUUACCUUAGGUUGUAUUGUACAGAUCAAGUGCAAUAAUCAAUAGAUCUUCUUUCUUUC